AUGCCACUUGGAAAGUUUUUCAGUGACACCCCAUUGGAAGACAACGAGAUUGACCAGGGCGUGACUUCGAGACGGAGUCAAACAGAGAAGGCCAGGAAUGCACUGGCCACCAGUCGUGUGUCCAGGCGAUGGGCCAGAACUGUUCAGAAGGAAAUAGGAAUUCACCACGAGUCCUCUAAAAGCUCAGAGGAAACAAAAGGUGCCCAAGCAUUGCAGAAGCAAUUUUUCACUGGAAGGCUACAUCAUACUCACGCGUUGUCACACAGUUAUGAGUCCAUUACAUGUCCAGAUCAGAACAAAGCUAACCAAAGGGGCCGUGCAAGAUGCACAUGGAGCCUUUUGCGUGCCAUUGCCCAAGCAUUUGAAGCUGUUUUUGCUUCACCACAAGCUCCGCCAGUCAAGUUUGUCAUCAACACUGUAGUUCCUGAUGACACCAACACGCGAAUGAAAGGUCCAAACCAAGGUGACAGAUCCCUUGUCCACACAGUUAUGAACGUGGUCCAGUCUUGUGCUGUCUACUGUGAUGGGUUGCUCAAGCAAGGAGCCAACAAGAACCAUGAUUGGCAAUGCUUUUCCAUUCCAUGCCCGUUGAGUGUCCUGAAGACUGCUAAUACAGACCAUAUUCACGCAGCUUAUCGAUCGACCUUGGUUGCUUGUGCUUCAGGUUUGGGUGAGAGAUGGAAGGCAUUCAGUUUGAAGCCGGAGGUUUCUCGAGCAGUCGCAAAUGCAAAGUGGGCUGCGCAAGUGAUGUGCGGGGAUGCCUUGGAAGCCAACAGUUCAGCAUUCCGGUGUGAAAGGACACUUUUGGCACACAAUCGCCAAAGGUCAGUGAAGGUCUGCAACACUGUUGCGAUCCGCUUCAAGUGUUGCAACCAUCAACUAGGGCUGGUUCGAAAGCCAGUUGUUCUGGGCAUAGAACGGUACUGGUCUACUUUGGUCCGGCUAGCACAUUUGAUGGAAUGUGCUGGAUUUCGACGAGUGGAAGUGGCCAAGUACCCAAAGGAGAUGGAUGCUUGGAAGAAACGGGCAGCUUGGUUGAUGCAAGGCUUUGAUUCCAGAUCGAAAAGAACAACAGACUCACUCAAGAAUCUUCUUGGCUUUCUGAACGGGGAUACAUCCCAGCGUACAGGGCCUUUGGUGCGUUGGUGUCUCUUGCCAGCAAACAAUGACGGCAAGACUUGCUGUCAGGAUGACUCUGAUAGCUGGAAUCGAUUGGUUUCCAUGCUGAGCAGCUUCCUAUGCAAAGCAUAUGCUGUUCCUCUUUUGCAUCGCAUGAAGCACUAUGCACCGGCAGCAUCCUACGUCAAAGUGUCCACCAAUCUGCAUGGAAUUCUUCCUAGAAUUUUAGAAGAGAUGGAGAAUGUCAGUGCAACCAGUGCCAAUAGAAGUGUGCUUUCAGAAGUUGUUGAUGUUCUUCUUGCUGAAAAUGGAGGCGUGCAAACUCUUCCAGACGUGCUGAACAAUGAAGACUUCCAAACCCUUUUGGGAGACAUGUUGAAUGAGAACAAGGACUAUGCUGCCCAGAAUGGGGCUCGCAGAAGACUUGUGCUGGCUGAGCUUUUGAAGGAUACUUUUCACGAGUCGUCCAUAAUUACAGACAUGCUGGUGAGCCCCAUGGAACGGGGAACAAAUCUUUUUCUGCGGAGAACCCAUUUGCUGUACGAGAUGCAGUACCUCAGCAAUGCUGACCCAAAGUACCAAGAGCAUCAGCGUGAAUCAAUGGACAAGUUCCUUCAAGUCAUUCGAGGGGAUUUGGGUCGAGAACUGCUGGGAACAUUCCUGGGCCUAUUGACGUCCAGCCUCAAAGAUGCCAUCAGCAACGGCCUUACUGGGGGUCAGUCACAGCUGAAUCUCAUUUUCCAGAUGGUCAUUUGUUGCGUGACAGACUUUUACAGGCGCUUCGUACAAGAGUUCAUGCAGCCUCCUUACACACUUCUGGCACUGGCCAAUGCUGAUGCUCAGACCUUUGUUUCCGAGUGGAAAAGGAUCCAUCAGAAGAGGGCAAAGUGCAGGUUCUGUGUUGACAUUGAAUUUACCGCUGCCUUGCUUGACGCAUACCCCGAGGACAUUGAUUCUUUUCCAGCAGAUAUUGAAGAGGUACAGGAGCUUCUUCAAAGGAUAGCUGUGUGGUCUCCAAUCACAAGUGACAGUGACAAGAAACAUUCACGAAGUCGAAGUGCUCUGGAGACACCUACAGCACGAGAAGCACGGCUACAUGAAGCAGCUCACCGCAAGGUUCGCCGACUUUCCGGGUGGAAUGUUUUUUGCAAAGAACGGAUGGGUGGAGAAAGUCUUGACACUGGUGGAUACAAAUCCAGGCUCAAAGAAUGUUCAGCGGAGUGGAGGAACAUGGCAAAGCCUGAGAGAGAAGCUUUUGAAGUUGAAGCGACACGUCAGGAACAACUACGGGCUGAAUUGGCUGCCACCCCACUUUCAGUGCCAGAACCAGGAAAACCGAAGGAACUAACCAGCCUUGAGGCUGAGGUGGGUAAGAAUGGUUGCAAGCACUUUUCAGCUAGACGGCUACUGUUGAACAUUGCCGACUAUGAGCAGCACUCGAUGUGGACACUUCCAACCUGCAGUGGAGCCUUGAAGGCAUCCCUCAUCAAUGUUCAAUCUGGAGACGAUGAUAUUGCGCAGAAGUUGGAACAAAGCUUGCAUGCGCCCCUUGUUGCAAUACCACUGGAAUCUCAGAUUGCUGGAGAAGCAGACUCUCUUGACAUUGAAGUGCAUGACACUCCAUGCCCGCACUUUGUUUGCGUACAUGACCCAAACUCUACGCGGAUGGACCAAAUGGUGAAAGCAUUUUCAUGGAAACUUGAGGAGCAUGCCAUUUGUGCUGGGACAAUGCUGGUGUUUUCUCUCGCCCAAGAAUUUGACGCCACUGCUGCUACCUACCCACGCAUUCUUGGGGUUUCUGUGAAGAAGCCAAAGUGCCACGUAUUCAUGAAAGUGGCAGUAGAGCAUGACCAGGUCACCCUAGCAGCCUCCAGUGAUAGCAUGCCAGAGUUCGAGUCUUCGCAUGAAUUGUUCCUGCAUUUGUUGCGACUGUCAGACACCAGUCCGGACGUUGACGUCAAUGUGGAAGUUCAAGUCUGGGAGCGCAAUGCUUUUCUGGUGCCAGAAGGUUCAAAGUACUUGCUCAAAAGCAACCCUGAAACAUUGAAGUGCACAUUCACAGUCUCCAGUGCCAAAAGAAACAAGACCAAGCCAGCGCAAGUCAAACUUCCUUUUUCAUUGGACAAGUUGUUGAAAAAGAAAAGGAACACCAACAAGAAGCCAGGCCCUAAGGCCAAGCCAAAACCUGGAGUGAAGAAACACACGCUUAAAAAAAGUGAGAACAAAGACGUUGACGUGGAUUCAAAACACUCCAAGGCCAAAAGCUUUGACAAUGACAGCAACAACAGUGACAGUUCUGACAGUGAUAACAACUCUUCCUCUUCUGAGUCUUCUCACUGCAACGGGGAUGAUGAUCCCUGGGAUGCUGAGUUGCAAAAUGCUGAUGCUGUUGAGAAAGAAGAGGAAGUUGUUGUUCCCAUGUCUAGCACUGUGGCUGCUGAAGAGAAGCAGGUUGCGCCUCUUGCUCAGGAGUGUAAACAAGCAGACCAAGCUCGUUCAGAAGCAGCCGAAGCUUUGAGAGGCCAGUUGGCAAAUCAAAAGGCUUCAGCGUCGGGAUCAUCAUUCUUUUCGAAAGAGCUAGGGCUGGCUGAUGCAUCAAUUGCUGUCAGUGGUCGGUCUGUAUGCGUCCACUGCCGUUUGAAAAUAGCACUGCACUGCCCUCGGUUCUCAUUGUUCCACAGCAAGGUCCGUCCGUCCACAUGGUGCCAUGCCCAUUGUUUGUAUGGCUUGACAAUGGCAUCAGGGUUGAAAAGCGUGCCACGUCUUCGAGAAAUCAUUGCUGCUCACACUGAGCGACAUGUGCAUAGCAAGAUCGUCACAGAAGCUCAAGCUGUUUUGACAGCUUUGGAGUCAGUCAAGAAAACAGAAACCAUUGACGACAUUGACAGUUUUGUUGAAUUGGAGGCCCCCAUUGACUUUAUGCUCUAUGGCAAACUUGGAGCUGAACCCAUUGGACUGGCGUUGGUGGACAACUACCACCUUCAAGUCAUUGACCUUGAGACUCUUGGCUUCUUUUGCAUUUCCCUGUGA